UGGGCUAUUCCCAUGGACAUACCGGCAGUAUUAGUAAUAAUACUAUCAUCGUUUGCUGCUAUUUUACCGUAGUGUGUUUCAAAGAGUCUCAAAGUCGACUCCCGAUCCCAUUAUCAAAAAGUAGCGAGUCCUGGUGUUGUUGCUGUUGAUGUUGUUGGCGCCGAUAGGGAGCGCCGCGGCCUUGUGAAGUAAUAGUUGUGUUCGUCCAGUCGAACCCCGUGAACGGCGGAAGGUAUGUCCUUCCUACGACCCAAAACAGCGUUUGUAACAGGUCGGAACGGGGAUACUGCUGCACAGUCUUUGACUGUGAACAGAGCAGGCCAUCACUAUGCUGUUGCUGAUAGUCCAGACCUGGCCUAUCGUAGACCCAGAACGGCCGCGUUGCUCACCCCGGGUAGCUCCACUCCGCCAGAAGCCAGCUCACUGGCGGAAAGCCGAAACCCUACGACUACGGCGACGACAUCGAGUGUGUUCGCAGCGACAGGCGCCGAGUACGUCAAGCACCGAGCAGCUGCGGAAAGGCCUGUUGGUACACCACCAGCAGCUCCACGAUCACCGGCUUCACCGUCACGAGCAGGGCGACCCAAAACUGCGGGAAUAGCUCCACUUCGUCCGGUGCCGAAUGACAGGUCUGGCUCGCCGAGGAUUUCCAGCCCCCUGACGAAUACAGCACGACCUGCGAGCGGCGGAGGGGUUCGAUCCGCUGCUGGCGGUGGGUCGCCCUUGACGACUUCGAAGAGCUUAGCCGACGUAUUGGAAUCGGUCAGGGAUGGCCCCGGCAGCAGUGGUCCUCACUCGCCAAUUGCCUCAUUGGCAGGUUCACCACACGCUAGUCCCCGUCCUCCCAGCGGCUUGUCCUCGCCACAUGCGACACAGCGACCAACUACAGCCAGUCCUGGCAGUGCCGCCGCGUCGCUACCCGCCAGCUUCCAGAAAUCAGGGGCGUUGCUGAAGGAGUCCGCCUUGUUGCGCGACACCGUCGCCACAAACCAGGCUGAGAUUCGUUCAACAACGCAACUGGAUGGAUGCGCAGCGCUCAGGACCAAGUCACACGAGACAGUGUUUACUUCCAUCCGAGAUUCGCGUGACGAAUCAGCGCAGUUGCAACAGGCCAUUUGUCGUUUGGGUGAGGAGCAGAAACUGCUAGGUAAAUGCAAGUGUCUCUUGGAGGUGGCCAUACAGGACAAACGCAAAGGAAUGUCCGUCAAUCACCAGUCACAGGCGCUGCGACAGAAAAUGUCUGCUAGAGACCAGCGCCUAACCGACAGCAGUAGUGUGGCUCUGGCGAGCGAGGCACGCCAUCUCUCCCAGUGCAAGCGCGACCUUGAGAAGCAGCUGGCGCAGGUGAAGAACCAGCAGUGGGAGGUGGACAAGUUGCGCAAGACCAUCACAUCUCGCUCGGACAGCAUCAAGAGUGGUCCUCUUGCUCUGGAUGCUCAUCACGAAAAGAUACUCUCCUUCCCGUACAAGAACAAGGAUAGAUACACUACCAGCAGGAGGAAGCCGGUGAAGGCUGUGCAGUUCAAUGCCGUUGUGACUGCAAGUGAUGACCCCGCUACAAACACCGCAGUCAGCAGAUCACCGCUCACAGCUACAAAAGGGGUUCAAUCCAGCAAGAUUGUGGCCCAGUCGCAGAGCCUUAUCGAAGCAAGCCGCACUUUACGAGAGGAGAGCAAGCGACUCAUUGCUUCCGUGUCGCAUACCGUUGACAAGAGGAAGGAAGGGAGCAAUUCGGCAUUGAAGGCGUCAAGCGACAAAGCUCACGCGCAGGAGUGUGAGCUUGGUGUAGAGCGUGGGCGUGCUCGGCAUGCGAGGUCUGCCUCUGCUCACGCCCUGGGCACGUACGACAUCGCUGCCGCCCGCGCACGAGGGCCGGUGGCUGAUGCAGACUGGUCUGUGGCGGAAAAAUCAUCUCGGCCACUGCUUCAGGUUAAACCCGAACUCGGAGAAGACGAGGAAAAGCUACGGAAGAAGUCCAUCGAAACGUUCACCGUACUGUCAAGUAGCUCUGCCGCUGCCGUAGACAAGCUAUCAAAGGUCGACAAUCGUUUGGCAAUGAUGAUGCGACAGCAAGCCUCUUUGCGGCAGAACGAGUUGGAAGUGCUGCGCAUGCGCCGUCGCAGUGCAGACAAUCGCUGGGUGAAGGGUUAGCAGUCAACACUAACCAAGUCGACGCAGCACUGCCAGGACUCGAGUGCCGACGGAAGAGCUAUGUCAUAUCAUUGCAAUGCCAGUCGGUUGCCAAUAUUGCCUCGGAAUUCCAUGGUCUGAUUGGCUCAUAAUGUAAUUAUAACAAGCAAUACAAGACAGAUUGGGCCAUGAAUGUCCAUAGCCUGCAACGUAGCAAGCUCUCCCGUUCAGCAGCUAGCGAGCCAAGCCGGCAGGUCUGCUGUUCAGCAGUUCUGUAUUGCAUGCAUAGUCUGCAAAACUCUAUUGAGCUGGACUCUGAUCCUUGAAUGUUACGCGAGGGUGAUCUGAGUGCAAGGCCAUUUUUAACAACGGUUUACCCAUACCGGCGUUCUGUAUUACAUGAGCGCAAAUGCAACACUCUAUGCAUGCGGGGAAGAUGCAGACGACGCUCGCCCCCUGGGUCUGGUUUCUCGUCGAUGUCGAAUUCCUAAUGAUUCCCGGUCUUCACCCGCUCUCGUUGAGAUCAUGUGUAUGUGUGUGUGUUUCCAUGUGCCAAGUUUGAUUCAUAUCUAUGGACAUGUCUUCGGCUUUAAUUCAACCAUCCGUAAAGCCUGCAUUAUGCCCAUGCUUCUGCACAAAGUCUAUCCGAGAACGCGUAGUUUGUAUCACGCCAGGCGGACGGCCGCCGAGUAUCGUGUUCGUCUCUUAUCCCGUACAUCUGUAAGGUGCCUUUCACCAUACAUGUGCCACAUUCUCUUCAUAUCUCGUCUUCUUUCUGCAAUAUUUCAAAGGUAUUUCCCACGAGAAAAGGUGAAUCCGCACUGAGCCCAGUAUGUUUUCAAUCAAUCCGCUUGAUCAUUAAUUUUACAGGA